AUGGAGCCAAGACCUGCCACCAGAUACAAGGAGAAUGUACCCCCAAAGAUUGUGACCGUCCUGGGGCCAGAGCUGAAGAGACCCUGGAGGAACAUGGACAUCAGCCUGGGGAAUAGAGGAGGCCGGAGGAUGCCCGUAUGCCAGGCUGCUACACGCCCCCAAGGCUCAGUGUUAUGCCAGAAACCCUACCAAGUUCAAAGUAAUCUGGCCAGCCCCCGCCCCCACCUGGCCCCUGCCCUGAAGGACACAACCAACCAACUAGGUGACACAGGUCUUUGGCAACAGAGUAACCUACAGCUUCCAGCAGGGAGGUCCCCGGGGAGGCCCCGAAAGCCCUUUGCACAGCAGAGUAACUUGUGCUACAGAGGAAUCCCUAGUCCUCAUUUGCGCAACAGCUGCCUGCCACCAACAGGCCCAUCCUCCUGCCAGAGGCAGACACUCCAGGUCACAGACACCCUCUGCUUGGACCUGAGACUCUCUGGGGGCUUGGCACCUCUUGACAAGUACACACGGCCUGGCCCCAGGCCCUGGUGUGGUUCAGGGAGCAGGGUACCCAGGCUCUUGGGGGAGCCCCUUACCUUGGAGGAUCUGUCUGUGUCUGUCCACAGCUCCGCGAGGCCUGGCUGGAGGCAGCAUGGGGACAGCAUGCAGAAGCCCUGCAGGCCUGGAGCUUCCAAGAGGUGCUUUAGGGCCUGGCAACGGCUCACUCAAAGAGCAGCCCAGUACAGGAGACACCUGGCCCGCCAAAGAGCGAGGCUCCUGAGGAUAUGCCUGGGACAGUGGAUGAAGAUGAGGCAACUCCAGGCCUCAGAUGUGGCAAAGGUGGCUCAGUUGGCCUUCUACCAGCGGAGGGCAGGGAAUAAGGCCCUCAGCAUCUUAGUCCCAGGAACUGCCACCACCCAUUGCCUGGAGACAGUGGUCCAGGCCCAGCAGCUACCCAUGGAGCCAGGUCGGUGCUCCCUAUGGGAAGCCUGCCAAAUGUUGGCCCUGCACCGGGUCCUGCUGCUCUGGAGGACGCGACUCUACCAGCACCAGCAAGCCAUCUCCUUUUUGCAGGGCAUGCAGAAGCGGGUUCUGCAGUACCUCCUGAAGCAGUGGCGCUUGAGGGUCUGGGGUCCGGACCCUCCCUCAAGCAGCCUGGAGACCAUGUUAGCACUGGAGCCAUGGGACAACAGCCUGGGAGGGGAGGCUUGGCCCAGCUGCAGAACAUCAGGAGGGUCACUGGAGAAGGGCCCCCACCCUCCUGGAGGCUUCCUGGUCGGUGUCCUGUGGGCAGCCGGGCCAGAAGAGGGACUGUGCCCUCUUCCCUGGCAGGUGCGGGUCCAGCAGACUCAGGGAGCAGUGAGGUGGUACAGGCGUACCCUCCAGAGGCGUAUCCUCAGCUGGAGCCACUGGACCGCAGGUCAACGGCCCGGGAGAGAGCUAGCUGCUCACUGGGCUCAGAACCUCAGGCCUGUGAUGGGCAAGUGCAGAAGAGUCCAGGAUCUGGGUCAGGGGCUGGUGCCAGUGGCCCUGGCAGACUAUUUCCAGGCCUGGUGUGAACGCAUGAGCGACGUAGAAGCGUCCCAGGGCCAGCAUCAAGGACAAGCCUUCCAGGACGACCUGAGAAGAGGCCUGGGGGCCACACUUGCUAGCUCACAGGAGGCCUGCAGAGCGGGGCCCCUGGCACAGGAUCGCAUGUGCACCGAGGCGCUGCUGCCCCCUCCCACACUCAGCACACACAUCACCAGGCCUAAAAUGCAGUUACAGCUGGAGAGAUGGUUCCAUGUUCCUUGGGCCAUCCUCCAACCUGGGUACCUGAGGGUGGCCACUGCUCCCCCAAACCAAGGCUUAUCCUCUCGACGCAAUUCUCCUCUCCAGGAACAGGCACCGACAGUGUCGUCGGUGGAUCCAGGCUUCGCAGCGGGCCAGGUGCCUGGCAAGGGCAUGGCAGCUCUGGGUAGAUGUUUACUGGGCGGAGCAGCUGUCUCGGACCCUGGUAGGUGGGCUUAUUUCUCCCUGGGGCGGCAGAAGUACAAGGGCUAUGGCUGCCAGGACGGCAAAGAGUCUUUUCUGUCAACUCUCUCUGUAGCUCAGACAGUGGCACCUGGACCAGGCCUGGAGGACAUGGCGGAAAAGGGUCCUUCAGCUGCAGGUGGCUCAGCGGUUACUCCAGCAGGAAGAAGCUGGGCCUUUGGAAAGUGGUACCGACGCCUGGUAGCCAAGAGCCCACGAGCAGAACCAGACAUAGCAGGUGUGGAGCAGAGCAGGGCCCAGCAGCAGCUGUGCUGUGAGCUACGCCGCCCGAGAAACAAACAGAACUGGGCCAGGCCCACAGCUGGAGGCUCAGCUCCCAGAGCUCUGGGGGCACAAUAA